UGCGCGUGCGCGGCGGGCGCGGGCGGGGCGAAGGCGCAGGCGCGCUGCGGCCGCGCAGCCGGUGAUGGCGGCCGCGGCGGCGCUGCGGGGCGCGGGCCCAUGAGGCGGCGCAGGCCCCGGGCACCCGGCGGAGCCAGCGAGGGGCGGCGGCGCCAUGGCGGGAGUGUUCGACAUCGACCUGGACCAGCCCGAGGACGCGGGCUCAGACGAGGAGCUGGAGGAGGGGGGUCAAUUAAGUGAGAGCAUGGACCAUGGAGGAGUUGGCCAAUAUGAUCUUGGGAUGGAACAUUGUGAAAAAUUUGAGAUUUCAGAGACCAGUGUGAACAGAGGCCCCGAGAAGAUCCGCCCCGAGUGCUUCGAGUUACUGCGCGUGCUGGGCAAAGGCGGCUACGGCAAGGUGUUUCAAGUACGAAAAGUAACCGGAGCAAACACCGGGAAAAUAUUUGCCAUGAAAGUUCUUAAAAAGGCAAUGAUUGUCAGGAAUGCCAAGGAUACAGCUCACACGAAAGCAGAGAGGAAUAUCCUGGAGGAAGUGAAACAUCCCUUCAUUGUAGACUUAAUUUAUGCCUUUCAGACUGGUGGAAAACUCUACCUCAUCCUUGAGUAUCUCAGUGGAGGAGAACUAUUUAUGCAGUUAGAGAGAGAAGGGAUAUUUAUGGAAGACACAGCUUGCUUUUACUUGGCAGAAAUCUCAAUGGCACUGGGGCACUUGCAUCAAAAAGGAAUCAUCUACCGGGAUCUGAAGCCAGAAAAUAUCAUGCUUAAUCAUCAAGGUCAUGUAAAACUGACUGACUUCGGGUUAUGUAAAGAAUCCAUCCACGAUGGAACAGUCACACACACAUUCUGUGGAACAAUUGAAUACAUGGCCCCUGAAAUCUUGAUGAGGAGUGGGCAUAACCGUGCUGUGGACUGGUGGAGUUUGGGGGCAUUAAUGUAUGACAUGCUGACUGGAGCACCUCCUUUCACUGGGGAGAACAGAAAGAAAACAAUUGACAAGAUUCUCAAGUGUAAACUCAACUUGCCUCCCUACCUCACACAAGAAGCCAGAGAUCUGCUUAAAAAGCUGCUAAAAAGAAAUGCUGCCUCACGUCUAGGAGCUGGUCCUGGAGAUGCUGGAGAAGUUCAGGCUCACGCGUUCUUCAGACACAUCAACUGGGACGAACUGCUGGCACGCAAGGUGGAACCUCCUUUUAAACCCUUAUUGCAAUCUGAAGAGGAUGUGAGCCAGUUUGAUUCAAAGUUUACACGUCAGACACCUGUUGAUAGCCCAGAUGACUCAACUCUCAGUGAAAGUGCCAACCAGGUCUUUCUGGGUUUUACGUACGUGGCUCCAUCUGUACUUGAAAGCGUAAAAGAGAAAUUUUCUUUUGAACCAAAAAUUCGAUCACCUCGCAGAUUGAUAGGUAGCCCUAGGACACCAGUCAGCCCUGUCAAGUUUUCCCCUGGGGAAUUCUGGGGAAGAGGUGCUUCUGCCGGCGCAUCCAACACCCAGACACCUGUGGAAUACCCGAUGGAGACCAGUGGAAUAGAACAAAUGGAUGUGACAGUCUGUGGAGAGGCUUCAGCACCACUUCCAAUAAGGCAACCAAACUCUGGGCCCUACAAAAAACAGGCUUUUCCCAUGAUCUCCAAACGGCCGGAGCACUUGCGCAUGAAUCUAUGACACCACCAUUUCUGUCAGCCUUGGAAGGUGCAAAACCAAGAACGGACAUGAGCCCCCUUCAAGCUGAAAUUUGAGGGCUUGUUUGGUUUACUUUUAAAAAGUGACAAUAUCAAAGAAUCGGUCAUUGCACAGAGAGACUUGGAAAGCAAAGAAAAACGGAUUUUUUUUUUCCUGUCAAUCAAUGGUGCAUAAAAAAAA